AUGUCAUUUUCAACAGUAGCAAUUAUAAUUUUCUCAAUUUCUUGUGCUUUCUCGGCAAAUGAAUGUCCGAAGAUUAUCACACAAAAGGAUUUUGAUAUAAGCAAGUAUUUUGGUUUUUGGUAUGAAGCAUAUAGAAAUGAAAACUUCUUCGAAAUUGGUUACACUUGUUCUAAUGCAACAUACACGAAAAAUGACGAUGGAUCAGUAGGUGUACAGAAUCAAGCACAUAACUUUUUUGGUACAUAUGAAAGUAUUUUGGGCACAGCUAAAGUUAAAAAUGCUUCAGAACCUGCAGCUUUCGAGCUUGACUUUCCCAAACCUAUUCCAAAAGGCGACUACAAUGUUAUCACUUCAAAUUAUGUCGAUUAUUCCCUCGUGUACUCUUGUCAUAUCCUACCAGUGCUCAAUGUUAAAUCUGAAUUAAUUUGGAUUCUAUCACGAACAAAAACGUUAUCACCUUCGAUAUUGAACGAACUACAAGCAAUACUGCACAUUGAUUUGAACAACAACGAUGAACUUGAUGUAUAUGAGUUACAGCAUUUCUUUCAUGAUAUCGAGCCAGAAGAUCCCGUCGCCGAACCACAACAUUUAGUUCAUAUCAUGAAGAGUGUUAUGAAACAAGUGACAAACAACGAAGAAGUAGAGUCUUACAGUAUUUCUUGGGAACAAUUUCGAGAAACCUAUGCUGAACUUGAUAGUCUUCCUGAAAAGGGGGUUCCACAGCAAAUUCAUCUAUCUCUGCUUGCUGAUGGAUCUUGGUCGACUAUGAUAGUUAUAUGGAUCGUGAAAGGCACUGAGAGUGAACAACAACAUCCACUAUCAUACGUACAAUACGGAAAUGUUAGUGGCAGCUAUAUCUAUGAACAAAAGGCGACAAACCGCACGUAUAACGUCGGAAUCGGAGGAUGGAAAGGAACCAUCUAUGAAGCUUGGAUGACGAAUUUAAACCAAUGCCAAACAUUUUAUUAUAGAGUUGGAAACUCCAAAGUCUGGUCACACGAGAAUAGCUUCAAAACAGACUGCCUUACCACCACGACACGCACAUAUGCUGUCAUGGGUGAUAUGGGUACUGUCAUCCCUGCCGGUUUCCUUGUGGCUAAGCAGAUCAAAGAGGAUCAUCAUAUUACACCAUUUUCGGCUGUUGUUCACGUGGGUGAUAUUAGCUAUGCUGGUAAUGGCGCGAAGGAAGAAAUAGCAGAAAUUUGGGAUUUAUGGGGCACUCAAGUAGAGCCAAUCGCAUCUAUAGUGCCGUAUAUGACCAAUGUGGGUAAUCAUGAGGCCUAUUACAAUUUUACAGUCUACCGUAACCGAUUCCGCAUGCCAGGUCCAGAAAGUAGUGGUCUUGACAACUUCUGGUUUAGCUUUAAUACUGGCCCGAUUCAUUGGAUCUCGAUGAGUUCACAGCAUUACUAUGCUAAAGAUGGUCCACAAUAUUCAUGGCUCGUCAACGAUCUCGCUCAGGCUGCGAAAAGCAGGAUACAACAACCAUUCAUCAUUGUUGUAACACAUAGACCCUUAUUGUCAUCACUUGAUAACGAACUAGAUCAACACUUACCCAACUCGACUCUAUUUCAAAUGGUCUAUCCUCUCUUUGUUGAGAAUCGAGUUCAAUUGAUUAUAACAGGUCAUAUGCACGCAUACGAACGAAUAUUCUACGACAACACGACAGCCAUCGUUAAUAAUACAUACAUCAAUGCUCCUUCGCCUGUCAUUGUGGUACAAGGAACUGGUGGAGCAUUAUGCAAAGAUAAAUGGGUAGAGCCACAGCCAUGGUGGAGUAUAUCACGUCUGUUAGAAUACGGAUAUGGACGUUUGACCGUCUCGACCGAUAAAAUACAAAGGCGCUUACACUACGAGUAUUUGCUUGAACACGACAAAAGUACUUAUGAUCAGUUUUCGAUUGUAAUUUAA